AUGGCUCAUGUACUGCCUUCCCUUCCAGAACCCAACGUCUUCCUCAUCUUCAGCCAUGGACUUCAGGGCUGCCUGGAGGCCCAGGGUGGGCAGGUCAGAGUCACCCCAGGCUGCAAUGCCAGUCUCCCUGCUCAGCGCUGGAAAUGGGUCUCCCGAAACCGGCUCUUCAACCUGGGCGCCAUGCAGUGUCUGGGCACAGGCUGGCCGGGCACCAACAUCACAGCCUCCCUGGGCAUGUAUGAGUGUGACCGGGAGGCAGUGAAUCUUCGGUGGCACUGUCGUACCCUGGGUGACCAGCUGUCCCUGCUCCUGGGGGCCCGCACCAGCAAUGUGUCAAAGCCUGGCACCCUUGAGCGUGGUGACCAGACCCGCGGUGGCCAGUGGCGCAUCUACGGCAGCGAGGAGGAUCUGUGUGCUCUGCCCUACUAUGAGGUCUACACCAUCCAGGGGAACUCCCACGGGAAGCCGUGCACCAUCCCCUUCAAAUACGACAACCAGUGGUUCCAUGGCUGUACCAGCACGGGCCGUGAGGAUGGGCACCUGUGGUGUGCCACCACCCAGGACUAUGGCAAAGACGAGCGCUGGGGCUUCUGUCCCAUCAAGAGUAAUGACUGUGAGACCUUCUGGGACAAGGACCAGCUGACUGACAGCUGCUACCAGUUUAACUUCCAGUCCACGCUGUCGUGGAGGGAGGCCUGGGCCAGUUGCGAGCAGCAGGGGGCGGAUCUGCUGAGCAUCACCGAGAUCCAUGAGCAGACCUACAUCAACGGGCUCCUCACGGGGUACAGCUCCACACUGUGGAUUGGCCUGAAUGACCUGGACACCAGCGGAGGCUGGCAGUGGUCGGACAACUCGCCCCUCAAGUAUCUCAACUGGGAGAGUGAUCAGCCCGACAACCCUAGCGAAGAGAACUGUGGGGUGAUCCGCACCGAGUCAUCCGGCGGCUGGCAGAACCGCGACUGCAGCAUCGCGCUGCCCUAUGUGUGCAAGAAGAAGCCCAACGCCACCGCCGCCCAGCCCACCCUGCCAGACAGGUGGGCCAACGUGAAGGUGGAGUGCGAGCCCAGCUGGCAGCCCUUCCAGGGUCACUGCUACCGCCUGCAGGCCGAGAAGCGCAGCUGGCAGGAGUCCAAAAAGGCGUGUCUGCGGGGUGGUGGCGACCUGCUCAGCAUCCACAGCAUGGCAGAGCUGGAGUUCAUCACCAAGCAAAUCAAGCAAGAGGUGGAGGAGCUAUGGAUCGGCCUCAACGAUUUGAAACUUCAGAUGAAUUUUGAAUGGUCUGAUGGGAGCCUUGUGAGCUUUACCCACUGGCACCCCUUUGAGCCCAACAACUUCCGGGACAGCCUGGAGGACUGUGUCACCAUCUGGGGCCCGGAAGGCCGCUGGAAUGACAGUCCUUGUAACCAAUCCUUGCCAUCCAUCUGCAAGAAAGCAGGCCAGCUGAGCCAGGGGGCCGCUGAGGAGGACCACGGCUGCCGCAAGGGUUGGACAUGGCACAGCCCAUCCUGCUACUGGCUGGGAGAGGACCAGGUGCCCUACAGUGAGGCCCGGCGCCUGUGCACUGACCACGGCUCUCAGCUGGUCACCAUCACCAACAGGUUCGAGCAGGCCUUUGUCAGCAGCCUCAUCUACAAUUGGGAGGGCGAGUACUUCUGGACGGCCCUGCAGGACCUCAACGGCACUGGCUCCUUCUGCUGGCUCAGUGGGGAUGAGGUCACGUACACCCACUGGAACCGGGACCAGCCUGGGUACAGCCGUGGGGGCUGUGUGGCCCUGGCCACGGGCAGCGCCAUGGGGCUGUGGGAGGUGAAGAACUGCACCUCGUUCCGGGCUCGCUACAUCUGCCGGCAGAGUCUGGGCACACCAGUGACGCCAGAGCUGCCGGGGCCAGACCCCACACCCAGCCUCACUGGCUCCUGUCCCCAGGGCUGGGCCUCGGACCCCAAACUCCGGUACUGCUAUAAGGUGUUCAGCUCAGAACGGCUGCAGGACAAGAAGAGCUGGAUCCAGGCCCAGGGGGCCUGUCAGGAGGUGGGGGCCCAGCUGCUGAGCCUGGCCAGCUAUGAGGAGGAGCAUUUUGUGGCUGAUAUGCUCAACAAGAAUUUUGGGUAAUAAGUCUGGGACAGGCCUGCCUGCACACGCAUGGGUUUUGCUGGACAUGGAACCAGGGUUGGGCAGAGUGCAGGUGACCCCAGUGAGGCCUGUCUGAGGGCUUGGAAUGAUGUGUGUAGCUGCUACUAGUGCCAGGAACAUGCUGCUUCCCCUCAAGUAUCCCUCAUCCCCUGGAGUCUCUGGAGAACAUAUUGCUGUGAUCCACUCACUCACAGGAGACUAUGCUGCUCAUCAGCAUCAUGGAGCCAGCAACGCCCCCCUUAGACUCACAAAUUUUAUAUAAGUGACUCCCACCGCUUCUCCAUUGCAAAAUCUUCUACAUGCAGAUCCAAGUUGAGCAUUUUCCCCCCACCUUAUACCAUCUCAUAAUAACCCAUACUUCUCCAUAAAUAGUAUUUCCUGAGGGAUAGGAGAGGCUGCAACUG